AAUAGUGUGUUAUCCUCAUCAACAAUUGCAGACAAUUGUUGACCAGAUUAUCAGUGUGAAACACUUAUCAACCGUUAAGGACUAAAUUAGUGUCUAUUUGUUUUACGUGUUAUUAACCGUUUCUUUCAGCCAACAAUUCCUCAAUGUGAAUUAAAUUUGAAUUAAUCUUGUAUUUAAACACGUUCUCUUCAUCAUCUGCUUGCCUAUUGCUAUUGUUAUUCUGGUUUCGAUUGGGUUAUCACUAAAAAUUAUAAACACAAUAAUAGCAAUGGCCAAGCACUUAACUUUACUCGUUAUCAUUUGGAUUGGUUUGAUUAUUCCUCAGCAAUUUGUUAACUGCAAUGAAGCUUUCGAUGUAUUUGGUAAAGUUUUAAUGCAACGAAUCAUGAGAAAUGAUGAAAUUGAAUUUGCUCUGGAAAUGGUUAAAAUUAAGAUUGAUGGCUUCUUGAGUAAAGCUAAUUUAACUGCACCUUGCUCACAGUUUCGUCGAUUAUUAACCAAUGAAUUAGAGAAAGGAUCUUUUUGGACUUUUCAAUUGUUGGAUUCCCAAGCUAAAAUUCCAGCCGGUUUAUUGAGAGGGAAAAUGAGAUUGGUUGGAUCUUACGAUCAAUGUUUGUCAUUAAAUGUUGACCUGCGUCCAUAUAAACCAAGAUAUCCAGCCUUACCAGAUUUAAUGACAACUCGUUAUUGUCAUCUCAGGAUUUCCGUUCAAAAUAUACUCCAUAAGAUGCCUCCUGGUUUAUUGAAGAGUAAAGAGUUUGAGUCAUUGGAAUUAACUAACAUCAGGUCAUUAAUGAGCGAAUCCAACAGUAACCUUAUGGAUCCAGAUAUACACAUUUGUCUUCCCUCUGUUUGCACAAAUGAUGAUAUUAAAUCCAUUAUCUCAACUUUUAAAAGAGCAAUCCAGAUUGGCAAAUCCAUUCCAACAGAGAUAAAUCAUUGUGAUGAUGGUAGCACUUCACCGUGGGAGGAUUAUGAAAUUGUUAUAUUUGGAUUCUUAUUACUAAUCGCGUGGAUUGUGCUGUUUGGGUCAGUUAUGGAUUGGUAUCAUUCAAAAUAUAAAAUGAAACCAAAAUUUAAAUUAAUUUCCCUUGCAAUUAACUUUUCAAUCAUUAAAAAUGGUGAUAAAUUGCUAAAUACCAAAGAAUCUACCAGUUCAAUCACUUGUCUUCAUGGACUCAAAUGUAUAUCUAUGUUUUUCAUCUUUCUUGGACAUUAUGGAUUGGCUCUUAUGGCAAGUUUUUCAGUUGAUACCAUGGAACUUGACAGUCGUGCAAAGGAAUUUUGGACCCAAAUUGUGGUCAAUUCAUCUGCUUGGGUCGAUACUUUUUUUGUAAUCAGUGGUCUUUUGGUCUCUUAUCAUAUGCUGGAUAAAGCAGGAUCACAUUCAAAACUUUUCAAGGGUAAAUCAGUAAAAGAGCGGAUUUCGAUGACAGCUGAUUAUCUUGUAAAUGCUUACAUUUAUCGUUAUUUAAGAUUAGCUGUUCCAAUGGUAGUUGUGCUUCUACUUGCAAUAAUUUGGAAAAGAUUUGGCUCAGGUCCCAAUUGGUAUAUUUGGUCAGCUGAAAUAACCGAUACAUGCAUCAGAGAUUGGUGGAAAUUAGUAUUAUUCAUUAAUAACUUCUUUUCUCAGAAUAUGAUUGGAUUCGAGUGUUUAGGUCCAGUUUGGUACAUAGCAAACGAUUUUCAAUUUUAUCUGUUUGCUCCAUUCAUCGCUAUGUUGAUCCUGUCAAGACGUCGCUGGUUAAGUUGGUCUAUUUUAAUCUUCAUAACUGUUGCAUCAAUAAUUAUUACUGGUCUGAUAAUUGACGAAAAAGACUUGACUCCGACGCUUGUUUGGCAUCCUAAGAUGAUCAAUGGUUAUUAUGCUCAUGUUUAUAUCAAACCUUGGUGUCGAGUAGGUGCUUAUUGUAUUGGUUUAGGUCUUGGAGAUGUUUUAAUAACAACUAGGCGUAAUUUUAAAAUCAAUAAGGCAAUCAAUAUUUGUUUGUGGAUUCUCUCCAUAUUCAUACUUUGCACGGUAAUUUUGAUGCCAUAUCGUUUCAAUUCGCAUAAUUUUGACAAAGUGGAAGCAAUUAUUUAUGGAUCACUCCACCGCCCUGUUUGGGCUUUAGCGAUCUCUUGGAUUAUCUUUUCAAUUGUAACUGGUAAUGCUCCAUUAGUUGAUCGAGUGUUAUCUUGGUCAUUCUUCAUUAUCCUGUCGAGGUUAACCUAUGGUGCUUAUCUGACACAGUUUAUUGUUUUCUCGAGCUUUACUCUUGCAAAUAGACUUUACUUAGAUACAACAUUCCAGCUUGGCAUCGUUUUAUUUUGUGGUAUUUAUACCAUUGGAUACAUUUCGGCUGCAGUCCUUUCUUUAAUGGUUGAAUAUCCAACGAAAAAUUUUAUCGAAGAAUGGCAAAGAUCAAAAUACGGUGUUUCAUCUGGACCAGUUAAAUCUAAUCAGAAUGGAUUUCAAUCAACGGGAAAUGUCAAAUUAACGGCGAUCAACAAAUCUAUUGACAAUGUGAAAUAAAAAUUGUCAAAUGCAAUUUGAGGCGACCGAUAAAAUAAUAUAAAACAAAUUUAUUCAGAUUGACUUUUUUACACUUAAAUUAGCUAGUAUUAUAAACAAUUGAGAAUUUAAAAAAUUAAUUAAAUUCAUCUGAAAUCAGAA